AUGGCAGCAGAACCAUGGAACAGGGUAAAUGUUUCCCAACCAAGUGCUAUUUCAACUGUCCGGGUGCAGUUUACUUCCAAAACAGACUUGACUGUCAAAAACCUGCUGUUGGAGAACGACAAAGUCCUCAGAAUACUUCAGAGUACUUUCCUUCAGACGGAAGUCCGCGUUCUCUACGCUUUGUUGUACAAUCUCAAUAACAGCACAAGAGGAAACAAAACAUUUCGAGUUGUAAAGCAAGUUGAACAGUGCAUUAACAGACUUAAAGAAAUGAAGCUAGAUGUCGCUCUGCAGAGUUUGGCUGAAUUGUGUCCCAAAAGGAUUCAAAGGCAGCUGGGCAUAAAGGCGAAGGAGUGUGAACUUCCAAGCCAACCCACACUGGAGUGGGAAUGUCUGAAAGUGCUGGGAGCUGCGCAACUGAUGAGCUGCACGUUAAAACGCUGCAGCAGAGCUUUCAUUUUAUCCAAGCAGCACAUGAGAAAUGAGUUCAUCAUACUGAAUAUGGUGCUAACCAGCAUGCUCAGUCGCCUCUGGGUUAGUUUCAGAGGGAUUCUGUCCUGCCUGUCUGCGCUCUACCAGCAUCUGUUGGCGCUCAGGGCAGAAGUGGCCCUUGCCCGACCCAUGCCCUUCCUCACGUACUUCGAGCUGCCUGCUAAUAUGGCCGACUUCCUUGGUCCUUGUGAGGCAGAUUUACUCGCCAUAAAACCAAAAUCUGGCGUUCAGGCCCCAGCUCAGGGGGCAACACAACGGCGGAAGCCUCUUGUCAGAGCAACAUAUACGAAGAAGGUUAAAGAAGAUCUCGGUGUUGCUGUGCAGAGAGAGCUGGCAUUGGACUCUGACAUAAAGCCUAUCAAUGUUACCAGGACUGUAGCAAAGAAGAUCCUACCAAAGAAAGAACACAAAGCUGAGAGAAAACGCAUGUUUCAGAGACACACCAUGCAAGCCGCUACCUUCAAAGAGAUGACAUUCAAUCUAGAAGAAAUGAUCAAGUGGUGCAAAUCCAAGAAAAUGAGUCAAACCAAACAACUUUUAACCUUCCUGAGAUUGAAGUGCCGACGGUUGACAGGAGCUGAGGCUGCCGGUUACAACGUGCAGAACAAGUUGCAGGCGUUCAAACAAAACGCUCGCCAGGCACUGUGUGGUGUUCGAAGCCAGUUGGUGAGGACCCGUCACUCUUCGUCUCCAGGCCAGAAAAGCGGUCGCCUGAGGAAACAUCUCUGGUCACUCAAGAUGCGAUUUAGAUCAACCAAAAUGAGAAAUAAUGUGAAAAAGAGACGCAAGCUAAAGAAGGGCCUGUCAAACAAACCUCCAGGUGCUGACUGGAUAAGCAGGACAAUAGGCAAUUGCACACCGAUGAUGGUUAACGGUGACAGCACUGAUGACAUUGAUGAUAUUUUCGCGUCUGUAGGUCUGUGA